AAAAGAGGGAAAUCCCCACCCCUCGUCUUCCUCUCUCUCCUCCCAGUACUCCCUCUCUCUCACUUCCCCAUAGGAGCAGAAGCAGCGGCAGCAGCAGCAGCUAGCAGCGAGGGAGCAGCAAAGCCGAUUCCCCAAAUCGCCUCCCAAAUGCAAUUCCUCGCCUGAAGAAACCCUUCCCCACGCCCCCGCCGCCGCCGCCAUGUCGCUGCCACCGGUGGACCCGCCGGAGUGGCUGCGCACACUGCCCGAGGCGCCGGAGUACCGCCCCACCCUCGCCGAGUUCGUUGACCCCAUCGCCUACAUCCUCAAGAUCGAGCGCGACGCCUCUCGCUACGGCAUCUGCAAGAUCGUGCCCCCGCUCCCGGCGCCGUCCCGGGAGGCCACUGUCCAGCGCCUCAAGGCCUCGUUCGCCUCCAAUGCGGCGGCCACUGCCCCCGGCGACGCUUCCCCCACCUUCCCGACGCGGCUCCAGCAGGUGGGCCUCUCCACGAAGAACCGCCGCGGCGCCAACCGCCGGGUCUGGGAGAGCGGCGAGCGCUACACCCUGGAGGCCUUCCGCACCAAGGCGCGCGACAUGGAGCUCCCGAGGCACGCCACGCCCCCCAAGCACGCGACGGCUCUCCAGCUCGAGGCGCUCUUCUGGGGUGCUUGCGCCGCGAGGCCGUUCAACGUCGAGUACGGCAACGACAUGCCGGGGUCCGGCUUCGCCGAGCCGGAGGGCACCGGCGACGCGGCACCGGCGCCUAGGGACGUCGGGGACACGGAUUGGAACAUGAGGGUGGCUCCGCGAGCUCGAGGCUCGCUGCUGCGGGCGAUGAGCCGGGACGUGGCGGGCGUCACGUCGCCGAUGCUCUACGUGGCGAUGCUCUACAGCUGGUUCGCGUGGCACGUGGAGGACCAUGAGCUGCACAGCCUCAACUACCUCCACUUUGGCAAGCCCAAGACCUGGUACGGCGUGCCCAGAGACGCCAUGCUCGCCUUUGAGGACGCCGUCCGCGUGUACGGCUAUGGCGACGACCUUAAUGCCAUCAUGGCCUUUCAAACUUUAAAUCAGAAGACGACUGUUUUGUCUCCCGCAGUGCUUCUUUCUGCUGGAGUUCCUUGCUGCAGAUUGGUUCAAAACCCUGGAGAAUUUGUUAUCACAUUCCCUGGAGCUUAUCAUUCUGGUUUUAGCCACGGAUUUAAUUGUGGCGAAGCAACAAACAUUGCUACGCCUCUCUGGUUGCAGGUGGCCAAAGAAGCUGCAAUCCGGAGGGCUUCAACUAAUUGUGGUCCAAUGGUAUCUCAUUAUCAGCUGCUUUACGAGCUAGCUCUGUCAUUACGUCUAAGGGAACCUAAGGAUUUCCAUACUAUUCCAAGAAGCUCUCGGUUAAGGGAUAAGAAGAAGAAGGAUGAAGCAGAUAUAAUAGUCAAAGAAAAAUUUGUUGGAAAUGUGAUUGAAAACAACAAUUUGCUCAGUACCCUUCUGGAUAAGACUUCUUGUAUAAUUGUUCCAGAGAUUGUAUUUCCCCGUCCAUUCUUUUCUAAGAUGAUGGUACCAGAAGUCACUGUUAAACAAAGUUUGGCAGCUGGUCACUGUAGUAUUAGCCGGCAAGCAGUGGAAAGUAUGUCUGUUGAUGUGGCACUAGACAAAAUUAUAGGGGUAGAUAACGUCAGUGGGCCUCAAUCAGUUACUGAAGCAUCUUUCUAUGCAUGUAACAGAAAGCUUUAUGAAACAAAAUAUGGUGAGCCUGAUACUGCUGCUUUGGGUUUAUCAGCAUCAGAGAUGCAGAAUGGAGUAACUGAUAAACAUAGAUUACAUCGAGAAGGUGGGCUCUUAGAUCAUGGAAGGUUACCGUGUGUUCAGUGUGGUAUAUUAAGCUUUGCUUGUGUAGCCAUCAUUCAACCUAAAGAAGCGGCAGUCCAGUUUGUCAUGUCAAGAGAGGGCAUCUCAUCGAGUGCAAAAGUUGGAGAACUUAGCAAAUCGGAUUCUAUCUCAAACUGGAUAAGUGGAAAUCAUGAGAUGGUUCCUCCACAAGGACAAGCUUCUGGAGCACGUAGUGUAAAUUUAGCCCAAGUGUCUGAUAAUUGUAGACAACUGUACGACAGGAACACCAAUGGAUGCACCUCAGCUCUUGGGCUUCUAGCUUCUAUGUAUGAAUCAUCAGACUCUGAGGAGGAAAAAUCUGAUAAUGAAUCGACCGAUAGAGAGAAACAUGCGGCAGCAAACCAAGGCAAAGAUAUUCAGUUCUUGGGAACAUCUGAUAGCUGUCCUAAUACACUUCAGCCUGAAAGGGCAAAUUUGCACUUGUAUGAAGAGGGUUGUGAAACCAGGAACGCAGCAUCUUUGAUGAAACCCAUAAAGCAUAACAGUAUGCCACAAACUUGGUCUAGUAAGGACACAGAUAUUGGUCAUUUUGCAAGGCUGGGAGAGCCAGGAACUUCGUAUGAGCAGUGUUCUGUGUAUCUUGAUUUGGUUGAUGAUCUUACUGUAUCAGGUGUAAAAGCCUCUCCAGAUACUUGUGUAAGCAAAGCUAAAUCCUCAAUAGAACCAGAUGUGUUGACCAUGCUCAAGUACAACAAAGAUUCUUGCAGAAUGCAUGUAUUUUGUCUAGAACAUGCUUUGGAGACGUGGACACAACUUCAAGACAUUGGUGGUGCUAAUGUUAUGCUUUUGUGUCACCCAGAAUACCCUAGAGCAGAGUCAGCAGCAAAACUCAUAGCAGAAGAACUUGGUUUGAAGCAUGAUUGGAAAGAUAUAACUUUUGAAGAAGCGACGAAAGAUGACAUCAGAAGAAUUCAGUUGGCUCUGCAGGAUGAAGAUGCUGAACCUGCAAGCAGUGACUGGGCAGUUAAAAUGGGUAUCAAUAUAUAUUACAGUGCAAAACAGAGCAAAUCCCCACUUUACAGCAAGCAAAUACCAUACAAUUCCAUCAUUUACGAGGCAUUUGGCCAAGAAAACCCAGACACCUUGACAGAUUACGGAGAACAAACAUCAGGGGCAACUAAGAAAAGAGUGGUUGGAUGGUGGUGUGGGAAAGCUUGGAUGUCAAACCAAGCUCAUCCAUUUUUAGCUCGUAGCAAAGCGAUGUUCGCUGCCAAGUCCCAUGACAAAGUACAAGAUGAACCAUCGACUCUAGGUAAUAUAAUGAUCAGCCGUGGCCCAUCAAAAAGGAUAUCCAGAAAAAAAAGAGGGGACUCUAUGGAAAAAUCUGGAGCCAAAAAAAAGAGAUGCUCUGCCAAUGAUGAAACCGCUUUGCAUGGCGGUAGCCUGGGGACAAACACUGAAACCAUCAGUGAUCAGUCUGAAAACUUCAAUGUUCACAAUAAACAUGAAGGAGAUGAAUUUGAGGAAGCACCAAGUACUCAGCAAUAUCAACAACAUAAAUUGCAAAAUGUUGACAUGAAGUUAAGUUCUAAGAAGCAGAAGAGUGACAAAAGAAGCAGCAAUCUUCAUGAAGUAUGUUAUGAAGAUAAUGACUUGGACUGCUGGCUUAACAUAGAUACUGGAGACAAUGCUGCAAUAGGGAACUUGGAUAACAGUCCACAAGGACUUGAUGAUGAGAAAGCAAAAUCUCCAGGUAAAUUGCAAGGUAGUAAGAGAAAAUCCAGCAAGGGCAAGGCAAGUGAUGAUUCGCUGAAUGGAGACAAGAAAUUGCAAAAGAUGAACAAGAAAUCAAUUUCUAGGAAGCCAAAUAAUGGCAAGAUAAAUAGACAGUUCAGAGAAGAUUACAAUGAAGAUAACACCCUGGACAAUUUGCUUGAUGUAGAGAGUGGAGUUGAAGCCACCCUAGGCAACUUGGAUAAAUUUCCAAAAGAAAAAACUGCUGAUGUGAAAGUGGAACCUAGAGGCAAACGGCAAAGUGGUAAGGACGAUAAAAGAAGCAGCAACUUCCGUGGUGAAGAUAAUGAUGUGGAUUGCUGGCAUGCCAUGGAUAGUGGAGAUAAUGCCACGACAGGAAACUUGGAUAACAAUCAACAACAAAGACUUGAGGCUGUGAAACUGAAAUCUGGAGGUAAAUCACAAAGCUGUAAGAGAAAAUCCAGCAAGGGGAAGACAAAUGAUGACCCGCCGGAUGGAGACAAGAAAUUGCAGGUGGUGAGCACAAAAUCAAGUUCUAGGAAGCAAAAAGUUGAUAGCAUAAACAGACAGUCUCGGGAAGGUCCUGACGAAGAUAACCCCGUGGACUGUUUGCCUAAAGACGAAGAUGAAGCUUCACGAGACAACUGCCAUAAAGUUUCAGAAGAACAGACUGAUGAUGUGAAAGUAAAAUCUAGGGUCAAAACGCAAACCGUUAAGAGAAAAACCAGCAAACGUCAAGCAGGUGAUAAAGCAGCAAAAUUUUCUUGUGAUAUAGAAGGGUGUGACAUGAGCUUCAGCACUCAGCAGGAUUUGUUGUUGCACAAGCGUGAUAUUUGUCCAGUUAAAGGAUGCAAGAAGAAGUUCUUCUGCCAUAAAUACUUGCUUCAGCACCGCAAGGUGCACAUGGAUGAAAGGCCACUGAAAUGUACAUUCGAGGACUGCAAGAAGACAUUCAAGUGGCCGUGGGCGAAGACAGAGCACAUGAGGGUCCAUACAGGGGCGCGACCUUAUAAAUGCAAGGAACCUGGCUGCACUCAGACAUUCCGAUUUGUGUCAGAUUUCAGCCGCCACAAGAGGAAGACUGGCCAUUCCAUUGAUAAGAAAAAUAAGGAGAGUACAUAACCUCUAACCCCUGUGCACAAGUACAGGAUCCUUCUCUGAUGAUCACCUGAAGGGGAUGCUGAUUGAAUAAUUGCAUCAGAUUCCAUUUAUUGCCGGAUUAACCCGCAUUAGGAGUCUAAUUCAUUUCAUUGUUUAAUGACCCUGCAUGCGAAGCCAAUUUUUACAUUUCUUUAGGUCCAACUGGCCUGUCGUUGACUGGAGUUAUUCCAAGUCAAUUGUAUGUUGUUUAGUUACCUGAAAACUUGGGAUGUUCCUUCUGUCAGCAUGAUUAAAUUGGCAUACUUGUCUUGGUUUGUGGUUUCGUGUUUGUCACUUUUGUUAUAAAAUUGCUGCAUGUGUAAGAAGCUUCGCGGUGCGUA